AUGUCAUCAUCGUCACUUAUUGCGACUUUGAAUUUUAUUUCUCAACAAAUAAACAUUUAUGUUGGCAUCUGUCUAUUCAUUGGUGGUGUAAUUGGCGGAUUACUUACAACUAUUGUUUUUCUUAGUCUUCGUACUUUUCGAAACAAUCCAUGUGCUUUUUUUCUCAAUGUCAUGUCAUUUGUCAAUAUUGGACAAUUAUUUACAGGUUUACUCUCUCGUAUCGCAAGCAAUGCGUCAGGCAUUGAUUGGACACAACUUUCCCUGUUUUACUGUAAGUUUCGAAUGUAUCUUCUCGUAGUUUGUACAAAUAUAUCAAUGUUAUGUAUGUGUCUUGCAACAAUUGAUCAAUAUUUGGCUACUUGUCAUCAUCCUCGCUGGCAACGAUGGAGUAAUUUAAAAUCCGCUUGUUAUCUAUCGGCAGCAUCUAUUAUCUUCAGUAUUCUAACAGCAAUUCCAUGUUUCAUUUAUAAUACUCACAGUGUAGUACCUGUUACAGGAAAAAUAAUGUGUACUGCUACCGAUACUUUCUUCAUCCAAUUAAAUAUUUAUUUCUAUCGUCUCACAAUUAGCAAUAUUCUACCUCUCUUUAUUACUUUAGUUUUUGGAUUGUUGACUUAUCGAAAUGUAAAAGAUAUUGCUUAUCGAACAGUACCUCUUGUUCGACGUGAAUUGGAUAAACAAUUGACAGUGAUGAUUCUUGUACAAGAUUUUUUCACUUUUGUUACUCUCUUACCAAUAAUGACUUUUGGCUUUUUAUCCCUCAAUCCACAUAUUAAUCGAGAUCCUCUUGCCAAUGCAGAAUUUCAAUUAGCUAAUGUUAUAGCUGUAAUGUUUUACUAUCUAUAUUUUACUGGUCCAUUUUAUAUUUAUAUGUGCGUUUCUGAACGAUUUCGUCAUCAGUUAAAAUAUGUUCUCUUAGAUAUUCAUCUUUAUCGAUGGCGACGAAUAAAAAUAAAUGUUAACCAAGUGAUACCACAAAUAUAA